GCGAGAGAAGCCGGUGCAAGGCAGAAGCAGCGAAGAUGUCAGGAGCUGUAAUAUCACUGGCUGUUAUCAGUACCAGCUGUUAGCGGCUCGCUUGUAGGUAAUAGCUGAUGUUGUCACAGGCAGCUGCAUGCAAGCUGUAGCUUUGUUUUUUGGGGGGGCUUUAUUUUAGCGGUUUUAGCUUGUAGCCUGGUUUUUGUAGUGGUGGCACUAUGUUGAGUGGCUGUUAGCCAGACACAGAGAGAGAGAGAGAGACCAGGCAGGGGUGGGACAGACUGUUUAACCCAGGGGCUGGUGUUUAGAUUGGAGACCCUGGGUGGGGUAGAGAGAGUGAGAGAAAGAGAAAAAGACAGAAGAGGGAGAGGUGAAGUAGCAGAAGAAGAAGAAGGGGAAAAAAAAAGAGUGAGGGUUCUGAGAGAAGGUAGCAGAGAAGGUGUGUGCCCACCAUGACGGAGAGGUGUAGUCUGUGGAGUGCCCUCUCGGCUGCAGCAUGCUGCUUCUACCGGGGAUCCUUCAUGCAGGUGCAGUUCUCUAAGGAGAAGUAUCUGCUGGAGUCUCCUCCUGAGAAGCUUCGCAAAGAACUAGAGGAGGAGCUGAAACUGAGCCCUGCUGACAUCAGGAGCCAUGGCUGGUACCAUGGACACAUACCCAGAGAGGUAUCAGAGACUCUGGUUUUACGUAAUGGAGAUUUCCUCGUGCGUGAUUCUCUGACCAACGUGGGUGACUACGUUCUGACCUGUCGGUGGGAUAAUGAGGUGCUGCACUUCAAGAUUAGUAAAGUCCUGGUGAAAUCCAGUGAGACUAAGGUGCAGUACAUGUUGGAGUCUGAUGGUUUCGACUCAGUCCAGGAGCUUGUGCGGUUUUACGUGGGCCAACGCAAACCAGUCUCCCAGUCCAGCGCUGUCCACAUCUACUGUCCAGUCAGCAGAACUCUCCCACUGCGCUAUCUAGAGGCCACAUUCGCCCUCUCCAACAGCAAGCAAGGUUCUGCCUACUCACCGUCCAGUCAGAGGGGAGCGUACAUCAAGAGAAGGAGCGUCACUAUGACUGAUGGGCUGACAACUGAAAAGAUCAUACCUCACAGUGACUCAGACAGUCCCAGUCCAGUUGAGACACCAGUGGCAACACCAGAACCAGAGCCGGAACCUGUGCCCAGCUGCAGCCCGUCAACAAUCCACCAUCAUAAAGAUGCAAUGCGGAACUGUGCAAUGAGCAUGGACCAGAUUCAGGAGUAUCGUUGCCCCUUGUCACCUGUCGGGGAAACCCCAUUGUCUCCAGCGUAUAGUGCUAUCACCAGACAGAGAGCCCACUCAGGUGGGCGGGUCCUGGCUGUUGUCCCUCCCUCCACUGUGAUGCGUUGCUCCAGUGACCCCCAAGUCAGCCCCUCAGCCAGUGACAACCCUCCAGAAUUUCCCACACAUACCUCUCACUCAGCACACUCCUCACCAGCCCAUCAUCCCAACUUCCAGUCGCAUUCUACAGAAACAGCAGGGAGCUACUGUGACCUCAGACCUUGUCCCUCUGGACCCCCAAAACCCCCAACUAAGGGCUACGUAGAGAGAUUAAGAGUGGAGGAGGGGACAGAGGAGGGAGCAAGAGAGGAAGGAGAGGUGGUGUUCAGUGCCCCACAAGUGGAGACAUCUUCCUCGUUUAGACCAUCCAGGUAUGAGUCUUGCCUUAUGCCAGCUGAGAAUAAGCCUCUGGAGAUGUCUGUGCUGAAGAGAGUGAAAGAGCUGCUGGCUGAGGUGGAUGCAAGGACUGCAGCUAAACAUAUUACCAUGGUGGACUGCACGGUUGCUAGAAUAUUAGGUGUAACCCCAGAAAUGCAAAGGAUGAUGGGAGUGUCCUCAGGGCUUGAGUUACUGACACUACCCCAUGGACAUCAACUGAGACUUGACCUACUGGAGAGGUUCUACACCAUGUCUAUCAUGAUGGCUGUGGACCUCCUAGGCUGUACAGGAAGCACGGAGGAGAGGGCAGCCCUGCUCCACAAGACCAUUCAAUUAGCAGCAGAGUUGAAAAGCAGCCUGGGCAACAUGUUUGGUUUUGCUGCUGUGAUGAGAGCCCUGGAGCUGCCUCAGAUUUCCCGUCUGGAGCAGACUUGGGUAACCUUACGCCAGAGACACACAGAGGGCGCUAUUCUAUAUGAGAAGAAACUCAAGCCUUUCAUGAAGAAUAUGAAUGAUGGGAAAGAGUCCAAUGCUCUGUCCAACACCACUUUCCCUCACAUCAUUCCUGUCCUGUCUUUACUGGAGCGUGGUGUGGCUCUUGGGGAUGUACUGGAACCCUGGGAGAGUGCAGAGGUUGGAGUAGAUGUAGUCAUGUACCACUUAGAGGCAGCUCGUACCAUUGCACAUCACGGGGAACUCUACAGAACCAAUGUAGAGACGAAAUUACAGGGAUUUCAGGAACAAGCUGAAAUACGCGAGAUCUUCCAGACGGAGUUUCAGAUGCGCCUACUGUGGGGCAGCCGCGGCUCUGAGGGCAGCCAAUCGGAGCGUUACGAGAAGUUUGACAAGGUCCUCACCGCCCUAUCACACAAGCUAGAGCCUCCUGUGCGCCACAGCGAGCUAUAGCACCUGCCCUGACAGCCUACAGGGCAGGUGCUUUAGUUUACCGCUCAUAGUGGUACGGUCUUGUUUUGCAUUGAAAAGGAUGGAGUGGGAGCGUUCAGUUUGGACACUGGAAAAAAGGGGAGCGUGAAAGAAGAGGCAGCUAAAAGAGCAUGUGCAGUGAGCAAGAGGAGCACAGAAAGGGUCUCGCUUGCAACGUGUGUUGUACUCACUGUGGGUUUAAAAUGAGGCACAGAGUUUCCUCCGUGUCCUCUCUGCGGACUUCCUCACUUACUGCUGAAAUAUUAAAAUGCAAAGGAGAGAAAGUAAUCUAAGUGGAACAGAAGAUGGAGCAGAAGGGCGAUAAGUUCCUCUGAUACAAACGGUAACGUGCACGCUGUGCCAAACAGAGGUACAGAAUUUGGCUUUGCUCCUGUAAAACACGGACACUCGACUCCUGUCUCACUGUAGCCAAAACGACGACAAUAACUCGCAUAGCUCAUAUAGAUGUUUAGUCUGUGAAUGAGUGAGCGUGUGUGUCUGCUGGUAAGCAUGUUUACGUUUCUUCAUUUUUGUAUGUCAUUAAAGUUUCAUGCGUAUUUUUUUUUUUGUCUUAUUUAUUCAUUAUGAUCAAAGGAUAUCAAAACUUUAUGGACAUUGCUUCAUGAAACUCAAGAGAAUCUGUCAGUGCUCAUUCUGAGGGAACCCUGUUCAUAAAAUCUCAUGAAAUAUGUAUCAUGCAGUCCCAUUGAAUCCCAUUAAAAAUGUAUCAGGCAUGCAUUAAUAAAUGUACCAGAAAUGAAACAUUUGCAGAAGUUAUGCAGCAACUUCAAUACGAGGGCUUUGUGAGUGGUUAAAAUCAUUAAGAGGGCAAGGCAACCUCCCGGAGUUGUGUCUGUUUGACUUAUCCAUUUGAUAUUGUGUGUCCUGUGCACCAAAAGUAGCUAAAACAGCAUUACAAAAGACAAGAGAAAUGUCGUGUUUACACUUUAAAUGUAGGUAAAGCAAUGUUUCACUUAAUACAUAAACAUAAAGGAACAUGCUUUAGUUUGAAUCUGGCUUCCAUUUAUAAAUCUCCUGGAAAAAAAAAGUUUCAUGCAUGAUGGACCGAGAACAUGUUUCACCAAGUAAAAUGUUGUUUUAAUAAUAAUUCAGUAAUUUUAAUACACAAUUGUGUCAAAGUCAAGAAAUCUAACAUGACUCAGUGAAGAUAUUUUGUGUCUGGAAAAUCUUUCAAGAUACCGGACAGAGAAAGUCUUUAAUUUUUUGCAUUUCAUUUACUUUUUCUUUUCAGCUUUGAAAAUUGAAUUAAUAGUAUGCCACAUAUGUACCACACACACACACACACACACACACACACACACAAAAACAAAAACAUCUUCUGUUUGUAUGUUUGAAUUUGUGUUUCAGCAAUAUGGCUAAAACCGACCGGAAAAGGUUGCUUUCUUUGGGGUUACAUUUUGCUCGACUAUCUAGUGCUAUGUUUUUGCUUUAACAGCUAAAGGGCCUGAGAGGGCUAGAGCUAACUCUCAGGGCUAUGCAAUCGUUUCAACCAAAUGCUGAGAACCCUGAGGAACAAACUGGAUGUUUUAAGAAAUCUUCAAUCCUAAAAUCUUCUUAACUGAAUGGAUGAAAGUCAUAUCGGAUACCAGUUAAACAGAAGUGCUUCUGAAAAUUGCCCUUCCAUCCAGGAGUGGAAUACUGGGAUAUUCUUAAAUAGAUGUUUGAUUUGUUUUCUAGUUUGGGAUAAGCUGAACUGAUUGAGAGUUCAUGAGGGAAGGAGCCAUGUGACAGUCCCACUGGGAUCCAACAGGGGGCGUGGUUUAGUCAGCAAAAAAACACUGAAUCAUGAAUUGUAAUAUUGAAGACAUAAACAGAGAAAUGCCACCUUUAUUGUGUGUUUCGAGACCAAGAGGAUGCCUACUGGUUUAGGUUUGAAAACUGAUAACAUUGAUUACGAUGAUGUAAUAUGUUUUUAUUUGUUCUCUGUUGAAUGCUGUACAGGAAUGCUCUCAAGGCUUGACAAACAAAAACAAAAUGUCAAGAAAUGAUCGGGACUGAUUUCAUUUUUUUUUUAAUGUACUGUACAGUUCACUUUUUUCAAAUAAAAUUACUUGUGUCGA